UGUGUGUGGGGGGGAGGGGGGUGUGGGAAUUAAUUUGAAUUAGGAAGAUUCCAGACCCAGAAUGGGGAUAAAGACUCCGAUAUUAGCCUUGGUGACUGUCUUCAUUCUGGCCAAUACUGGCCCAACAGAAUCAAAAAUUUGUCAAAGCAUAGAUAUUCGAAACAACAUCACUCACUUGGAACGACUAAGGAACUGCACUGUAAUUGAGGGAAGUCUGCAGAUUCUGCUGAUGUUUGGCACAAAAUCUGACGAUUUCCGUGGUCUGAGCUUCCCAGAACUCACUAUGAUAACUGAUUACUUACUUCUGUUCCGUGUCUAUGGCCUAGAAAGUCUGAAAGACCUCUUCCCAAACUUGACUGUGAUUCGGGGAACACGUCUCUUCUUCAAUUAUGCGCUGGUCAUCUUCGAGAUGCUGCACUUCAAAGAAAUUGGCCUGUACAACUUAGUGAAUAUCACCCGGGGUGCUGUACGAAUUGAAAAAAACCCAGAGCUUUGCUACUUAUCUACACUUGACUGGUCAAAGAUUCUUGAUUCAGUGGAGGACAAUUAUAUCAAGUCCAACAAAGAUGACAGAGAGUGCGGGAACGUGUGCCCUGGCACACUGAAAGGAAAGAACAGCUGUCCCCAAACUGUCUUCAAUGAUCAGUUUAACCACAGAUGCUGGACGAGUGAACAUUGCCAAAGAGAUUGCCCUUCUGAGUGCCAUCGGAGAGCUUGCACGCCUAGUGGUCGCUGCUGCCACGAUGAAUGCUUAGGCAGCUGUACAGAACCAGGCAAUGCGACAAAGUGCGUGGCGUGCCGGCACUACUACUACAAAGGCAGGUGUAUCCCUGACUGCCCUCUUGGCACCUACAGGUUUGAGGGGUGGCGCUGCGUGAACUUUUCCUUCUGUCAAAUGCUACGUAAUGAAUGCAAACCUUCCAAGGAGAGUGAAUGUGUUGGUCACGUCAUCCACAAUGGCGAGUGUAUGGCAGAGUGCCCAUCAGGAUACAUAGUGAACACUACCAGCCUGCUUUGUACUCCUUGUACUGGCCUGUGUCCGAAGAUAUGCUCUGUGAAUAUAAAGACCAUAGAAUCUGUGACAGCUGCUCAGGACCUGCGAGGCUGCACCGUCAUCAAAGGCAGCUUGAUCAUCAACAUCCGUGGAGGAACCAAUAUUGCAGCAGAGCUGGAAGCAAACCUCGGUUUAAUUGAAGUAAUCACUGGCUACCUGAAGAUCCGCAGCUCCUAUGCUUUGGUGUCACUAUCCUUUUUCCGUAGUCUACAUUUGAUUCAAGGUGAAACUGUGGAACCUGGGAAUUAUUCCUUCUAUGUAUUGGACAAUCAAAACUUACAGCAACUGUGGGAUUGGGACAAGCACAACCUGACUAUUACCCAGGGCAAAAUGUUUUUCCACUACAACCCCAAGCUGUGCUUGUCCGAAAUAUACAAGAUGGAGGUGGCUACAGGAACCAAAGGGCGACAACAAAAAAUGGAUAUUGCGCAAAAAACUAAUGGAGACCAGGCAUCAUGUGAAACCCAGCUCUUGAAGUUUGUUUACAAUAAAACUACAACUGAUAAGAUUGUGUUGAAGUGGCAGCCCUUUUGGCCGCCAGACUUCAGAGACCUUUUGGGUUUCAUGGUAUUCUUCAAGGAGGCGCCUUACCAGAACGUGACCGAAUUUGAAGGGCAGGAUGCCUGUGGAACAAACAGUUGGAAGGUGGUAGAUGUGGAACCUCCUGUGCGAGCAGAUGGGAAAUUGGUUAAUCCAGGGUCACUGCUUCUCGGCCUCAAACCCUGGACGCAGUAUGCAAUCUUUGUCAAGACCCUACUCACAAUAAGUGAUGAGAGGCACAAUCAUGGAGCCAAAAGUGACAUUGUCUACAUUCGCACCACAGCAGGCAUUCCUUCAGUGCCACUGGAUCCAAUAUCAGUUUCCAACUCCUCCUCCCAAAUAAUCUUGAAGUGGAAGCCUCCAACAGACCCUAAUGGUAACAUCACCCACUACCUGGUGUUCUGGCAGCAGCAGCCGGAGGACAGUGAGCUGUAUGAGUUUGAUUACUGCCAGAAGGGAUUAAAGUUGCCAUCUCGAGCAUCUACGACUCACAGUGAAACUGAAGAUGUCCAGAAGCAAAACCAGACUGAUGUUUGUCAGGAUUUAGGUGAAUGCUGCGCCUGUCCAAAAACAGAGUCACAGCUCAAAAGGGAAGCUGAGGAGGCCGCCUUUCAGAAGAAGUUCGAAAACUACCUGCACAAUGAGGUUUUCAUGAUCAGACCUACACCUCAAGAGAGUGGUACUAAGGACAGUAGACCUUCACGGAAGCGCAGGGAACUGGGAGCCCUGUCAAACAGCAGCAUUCUAGAAUUGACUACACCUACUCCCAUUGCUAAUGCAUCAGCAACAAGAUCAUUCGAGGAAGAGUAUCCAGUGUUAUCAGAGGAAGUGUGGAUGAAGGAGUCUCUGGUGAUCUCCAACUUGCAUCAUUUUUCAGGAUACCGAAUUGAAAUUCAUGCAUGCAACCAUGACGCAAAAAAUGUAGGAUGCAGUGUUGCAGCUUACGUUAGUGCACGGACUAUGCCUGAAGCAAAUGCUGAUGACAUUGUGGGUCCAAUCACAACCAAGGUUGUCGAUAAAGUGGUUCAUAUUAAAUGGGAUGAGCCAAAGAAUCCAAAUGGUCUUAUUGUGUUGUAUGAAGUAAAUUACAAGCGUCUUGUGGACUCUGAAGAAGUGCAGCAUUGUGUGUCUCGUAAAAGAUACCUCGCUGAGCAAGGCUGCAGAUUGAAAGUGCACCAUCCUGGGAACUAUACUGUGAAAAUACGAGCUACAUCACUGGCUGGAAAUGGUUCUUGGACGGAGGCAAUCUCUUUCUGUAUUCAAGAUACAAUCACAAGUCAUAGUAGUGAUAUUUACAAGAUAAUUGGGCCAUCGAUCCUCGCCAUUCUGCUCAUCGUCGUAGUUCCAGUUGUCUUUUUGGUGGUAAAGAAGAGGCGAACAGAAUUGCCUACAGGAAUGUUUUACACUUCUUCAAAUCCAGAAUACAUUAGUGCCAAUGAUGUCUACGUUCCAGAUGAAUGGGAGGUUGCACGCGAUAAAAUAGAGCUGCUAAGAGAGCUGGGGCAAGGUUCCUUCGGUAUGGUCUACGAAGGGAUUGCAAAGGAUAUUGUGAAGGGAUACCCAGAAACUCGUGUGGCGGUGAAAACUGUUAAUGAGUCAGCCAGUCUUCGAGAGCGCAUAGAGUUCCUGAAUGAGGCCUCAGUGAUGAAGGCAUUCACCUGUCACCAUGUGGUCCGUUUGCUUGGUGUUGUAUCAAAAGGGCAGCCUACACUGGUUGUCAUGGAACUGAUGGUCCAUGGCGAUCUAAAGAGUUACUUGCGCUCAUUACGGCCAGAUGCUGAGGUUAACCCAGGCCGCCAGCCACCCACCCUGAAGGAGAUGAUCCAGAUGGCAGCUGAAAUUUCAGAUGGAAUGGCUUACCUUAACGCAAAGAAGUUUGUUCACAGAGAUCUGGCUGCUCGGAACUGCAUGGUGGGAGAGGAUUAUACAGUUAAAAUUGGAGAUUUUGGAAUGACCAGAGACAUUUAUGAGACAGACUACUAUCGUAAAGGUGGAAAAGGGUUGCUGCCUGUGCGAUGGAUGGCUCCAGAAUCCCUGAAAGAUGGAGUAUUUACUACAUACUCCGAUGUUUGGUCAUUUGGAGUUGUGCUUUGGGAGAUCAGCACUCUAGCAGAGCAACCAUACCAAGGAUAUUCAAACGAACAAGUUCUUAAAUAUGUGAUGGAUGGAGCCUAUUUGGAUCGGCCAGAAAACUGUGCUGAUAGACUACACACUUUGAUGCAGAUGUGUUGGCAAUACAAUCCAAAAUCAAGACCCACUUUUGUGGAGAUCAUUGGGAUGCUCAAAGAUGAUCUUCACCCAAGUUUUCAUGAUGUCUCUUUCUACUACAGUGAGGAUAACAAGCCUCCUGACACAGAGGAAUUUGACAUGGAUUUUGAGAAUAUGGAAAGCAUUCCGCUUGACCCUUCUUCUUAUUCACAGACCGAAACCCCUCUUAGUCACAGCCGAGACAAUGGGCCCACCAUGGGCCUGAGGGGCAACUAUGAUGAACAUAUACCAUACACCCACAUGAAUGGAGGCAAGAAGAAUGGGCGAAUAUUGUCCUUACCAAGGUCAAGCCCUUCAUAACAUUUUCUCUACCUCCCAUUUCUUUAUCACUUUCAUGUAUUGGGCCCUUAGAAUCUCAGGACUCAAUUAUAGCUGCCACAGUUUGCCACAUAAGGAAAAGGACCUUGCAUUCAUUUAAAAGAAGUCAUUUUUUCUGCCAAGUGGUUGGUUAUGUAUAUGAAUCAAACUGUGAAGAGACAAAGAAAACUCGCGCAUAUUCUAUAACUGUAGAAAUAUAUACAUGUUCAUAUGGUGAAUACAUACAUGUACAUACAUGCAUAGCUGUACAUUACAUAUGGACAUAAAUAUAUUCUGAUAUAUACACACACACACACACACACACACACACACACACACACACACACACACACACACUCUCUCUCUCUCUCACACUCACACAUACACACACACACUCAACCAUAUCAGUGAUUCAUUUCCAAGGCAGUAUCAAUGUCACUGUCCCAGCCAGGAAGUGACCUUUAUAACUUUCUCUGUGGAGGGCUUGAGGCUGAGUCAGAGUUUAGGCCUGAUUUUCAGGGAGUGAAAGGGGAUAUUGGGUGGGACAACCAUUUCUUCAGGUGGAAACAAAAAAAACAUCUACAGUAAAAAAAAAGUGAUAGAAAAUACAAUUUAAUUUUCUUGACAUGAACAUUUUAACAGUGGGAAUCUUGCAGAUCAGAAAAGCAAAAGUAAACUGAAAUCUUCUGACAAGUUCCCACACCUAACAUUGAUACAUACCUUAAGAGAAAAUCCUGGUUGGAAAUCAUUUCAGACGCAAUGGUUGGAUAACAGUUCCUCAGACCAAUAGCUGCUGUUUUUUUUCUUUUGUGUGUGUGUGUUGUUUUUGUACAAAUUUGAUGUUUGCUGUAUUCUCUCCUCUUCAAGAAAGGCUUUGCAGAAAUGAAAAGUGUGCCUCUGAGGGCCAGAGGUCCUUGUGACAUGAUUUGUUUGUGUAGAAUUUGGACCAGUGCAAGUGAUUUCUUUGUUAACCUCUGGCACUUGAGGGCAGUUGUCAGGGAGCAAAGAAUUUGCAUCAAACUGAGCUCUGGGUUUCAGAUUCUGCUUUUUGCUUUUCACAGACCUCUUUUAAAGCUUUAUGUGACUUUAGAGACAACACAAGUCAAGGGGUUGACAUCAACAGGUAAACGGUCUAGCCUUAAAAUCAAUAUUCUGUAUGACUAGCUUCAGAGGGCAUAGUUAGGAGGAGGAAAGGAUGAAGUUUUCAUCACAUUCUGUAUCAUUUUGCAUUGUUAAGCAGUGAAGGGAUUGUUGUUGGGUAGGUAUGUGGAAAGAGCAUGUUUCGGUUGACUUCAAGGCUCAUGUGGUCAGCUGCUAUUCUCCAUGGACUGAAAAGAGAAAACUAGGAAGAGGCUGAUGUGCCAAAUUUUGAAACAAGAGUUAGCACAUCCAUAAGCUUAAUUCAGUUUGCUUUUUAAGCUUCCUUCAUUGAGUACAAUGAGCUGGCAUUCCAAGCUCACAUUGGAGGUAAAUGGGCUAAAGGAGGAUUGUUCGGAGUGAAAGUAGAAUGAAAUGUUUAAUUUGUUUCCUAACAAUAGAUAAAUAAUGCAAAUAUAUUUCAUGUUCAUGAUUCUUAUCUGUCCACAGCUCAGGAGUAAUUGGAGAUGGCAUUGCUAUCAAAGUCCAAAUCCUGAAAAUUAAUAAAUAAAGACAUCAGUACUGUGUUCUUUGCGAAGAACACUGAGCCCAGUGGCUCAUAGACACCAGAUCACCUGUAACCAUCCUCAACUUUAUCCAAAGCCUUACCAUCCAUUAAAAUUAGUUAUCUUCAUCUGGCAGUGGACAGGAUGGAGUCCUUCCUUAUGCUUCACUCCAAUAAUUAAAGGGUCUGGGCUCAAAACCUCAAACUGUUUUCCCGUGGGAGCUGGGAAAGGAACUUGAGCUGAUCCUAAUCUCACAACAAUCAUGGGCUAGUCACAAAUUAGGAUAAAUGCAGAGGUGCAAGCUGACCUUGAGCACCAGCUCCUUGUAAGUAUAAGCUGGUAGUGUGGAUGAAAAGAAGUCUAAGAGAAGUGAAUGUUAGUUUUAUGAUGUACACCUUGCCAUCUGCAAGGUUGACUAACUCACGUUAACAUUGCAAAUCUAAUUGGUUAUUGCUAAACUAAACUACAAGAUCCCAUUAAAUACUGUCAGUAUUUAACCCAUCAGCGUGAGCUAUUUUUUCCUAAGUACAGAGUUAUAUGUCCUAAAGUUUCCAAGUUUUACCUUAUCAUGAGAUCUUGAAAAUGUACGGAGGAAUAAUCUUCCUCAGUUAAGAAGUACACCAGUCACCAGAUUUUUGUUGUUGAUACCCAACAGGAGCUGUUAUUUCAUACAAGUCAAAACAAUUUGCUCUUCUGAGAUCCCACAAUCCUUUCCAACAUUGCCCUUCUCACCCAAAGAGGCUUUCUCAAAAUUACCUGUCCACUUCACAACCACCUAGAGUGAACCAAAACCUUUCUUCAUUAUGCUGCUCCAGUUUACCUUUUGGCUGCCAAACUAGGCAGGGACACAAGACUCAAACUCCCAAAGAUGCUGUCAUUUUAAUCAGUGAUCAGGUAAGGUUAAUUACCUUCCUCCUUGAUCUGCAACAGCAAUAUCUGUAGAUUAAAAAUUGCCCACGUCCAUAAAUAUUGAUUGCAUCCUGACUUUUUGUUGAAUAUGUAAUCCGCAAAUGUUGUCAACUGGAUGGGAAUUUCAGGAAUUCGGUACAGGGAGAAGGCAAACAAUUUGCCACAGUUAAAAUUACACACUAGAAAAUUGUGGCCAGUUACAAGGGGAUUUUUAAAUUCCUUUCAGUUGCAAGUGUAUCUCCAUUUAUUUUCUACAAUCCCUCUUUCAAAGUAUAUUUUUACAGUGCUUUUCCCAGCCUACUGAUCCAUGUUAAAAAUAGCUAGCUGAUCUCACAUGCAGGCAGGUCACUUUGAAGUGACCAUGAGAGAAUGGAAGGAGGAGAGAACUGGCACUUUAGAACUAAAGGAGACUGACAUUUAUUGCCUUGUCCCAGUUUGUACCCCACCCUCAAAUGUACGCCACCUUUUUGAACCACUGCAGUGUUGGCUGAGAGGUGGGGAGCUGUACAAUUUUGCCCCUAUAAAUGAGGAAGGGGAGUUGUGCUGUCAGAUCAGAGAUGUUCAUCAACAAAUCACACUAUCAGUCAAAAGGAAAGGUAAAGCUGUUCAUACCUAUCGAGAGCUUUAAAUUAUCUGUUCAGGGCUGAGCUUAAAUAACAGAGAGAGGAGAAUGACUAAUAAAAACAGAAGAUACUAGAAAAGUUCAGCCAGUCCAGCAGCCUCUGGGGAGAGGGAGUGUGUCAGGAUCUUAUAUCAGGCAAACUAGUGCUAAGGGAGAAAGGCAAGAGAAGUGUGGCUAGGGAGUGAGGCCUUUUAGAUGUACAAUUAUGUUGCCUUUUGGGUGGGAAAAAGUCUAUAGUGAGUCUGGGAGGAAAAUAACAAGAUUAUUAAUAGAAAUUGUUCUGUUGUAUAUAGUGUAAAGUGUUAGCUCUAAGGUGCCUAGAUUUCCUUAAUGUAACAUAACCUAGCGGAAACCAAGUAACAGCCCCUCACUCUAAUAUACACUUAGAGGCUGUUUCACUCUACAGUAACCAGAGAAAAAUUCACAAACUUUUGUAAUUCUGAAGAUUUUCUUAUAUUCAAAAAAUUAAUAUUUUAUUUAUUUUUAUUAAUGUUAUAGAGAUCACUGUACAGAAUCCCAAUUUACAGUCUACGCAAAACAAAAAAGGUUUAGAGUAUGAAUAUGUAUUAUUGCUGAAAUGGGGCAGAAGGAUAUGGUGCGAUGUAAUUUUCUGGGACAAUCUACCUCAGUACUUUUAUCAGAUAUGAUGUGUGGAAUUCUUGAUAUUUCACAGUAUUCUGUUCUGAAACUAAAUGCAUUUUAUUUUCUCAGUGUAAAGGGCCGACUGAUUUCCUACUUCAUUUGAGUGUAUAUUUUUGUUUUUGUUUGGGGAGUUGUCCCUUUCUCAAAAGAAAAAAAAAAGUAACGUAUCUGUCUUCAUGUUCAAACUGGAAACUCCAGGACAGAGAGGAAUGGGUGCCCAGCAAGGAGAGAGAAGGGUUUUCCUGGCUGGGUAUGCAGCCAGGAUAGUAAGGGACUAAAAGUUAAUGUGAAAUAAAGUAAAACAAUGCUUUUAAAUUUAAAAUAUGCAAAUCUUUUAGUCACCAACAGUACUGGUGCAUAUGGCCAUGUAAGUUAGGGUUGCAUAAACACUAAUAAUUCCAAGUGGGAUUCCAAUUCGGGGACUGUGUCAUGUCUUGCUCUUAAUAAAAGUGAAUAUGUUAAGAGGGAAGAGUGCAGAUUGAAAAUAAAAUCAGGGUGUACUUCAUUACUUUCCAAAGCUCUCACUCCAAGCUCUAGUUGCCUGAUCCAUAACUUGAGUCAGCAACCCUGAAUUUGACCUCAAAUCCUUGUCUGUCAAUAGGAGUUUCCUGAUCUCCCCUCCCCUCAAAUUAUAACAGAAAAAUUAUCAACAGAAUCUAAAAAAAGGUUGGCUCUGCAUUUGUUAGUGUAUGGGAAUCAGUUGGCUCUUUAUACCUCAGGCUGUGCUGUGAUCUCCAACAGCUUAGUUAAAAAGAGGGUGAAAGUGUUCAAAUAAAUUUUAUGAACCAGGCAGUCCAUACACAACACACCUACACAACAAGUAGAUGUGACAUUGUUCCUUCGCAAUGAAAAUUGUAUUCAUUAGUGUAUGUUAAGACUUGCUCCAAAAAUCCUUCUCAUUUUUUCAUUGCUGCUAUUACACCCUUGCUCCAGUUAUACAACCCCCACUAAGAGAACUUGUUCAGUUUUUUUUCAAUUUCGUAUGGUUAUGAAGUACCUAACAUUGGUGAGAGAUUCCCUAGCUUUUGAAAACGUGUCAUUGAAGUUGCAUUGUGCCAUAUAAUCAGAUCAUUGUAAACAAACUUUAUUAAAUCAUCAGUUGUUUUUAAACAAAGAAAGAUGGGAAAGGAGUACAAUAUAAUCACCGUUUUUGUUUGGCAGGUAUAGUGCGCUGAAUUCCCAGACUUGAUCAUUCUUACUCUGGUUCUACCCCUUGGGGUUAGUUGCUUAGGUUUUCAGUGAAAAGCAAAAGUUCUAACAGGUGUGCUGUCUGAACAGAACCAGUUCAUAGUGUUCAGUGAUUCAGCUCUUGGGUUUGAAGAUCUCCCUAUUGGGAGGUGGCUGAAGAAGCCAACAUGGGACCUGCAGAACCUGCCAUAAGUAGGGCUAGGUGGAGCUUGUCAAGGCAGUUGGGGGUGGGUCAUAGUGGGCUUCUGUGUGCUGUUAAUAAAUGGACUCUAGGCUCUCAAAAACAUCUUAAAUGUCCCUUCAUUUUGAGUAUUCACGAGCCAGGGUUCUAGUAAGUCAAUAAAGGCAUUUUUUAAAAUAAGUCAGUUUCUGUGAACAUCCUUGAAUUGUUCCUUUGUGGACUUAAUGGAGCUUGGCAAUGAUAAUCUAAUGUUUAGUGUGGGAACAACCUAACCUGCCCAUAGAAUUGACUGACAAAGUUAGGGCUUCAGUAUUUGAGAUGUUAACUGAGCAAAACAGAAAGAAGGAAAGCUGCUUAUUGUUAACAUUGAAAAAUCCAAGUACCUUAAAGUAUCUGAUGGUUCAAAUAUUUUUGGUCACAUUUUUGUAAAUACAAUAAGACAUAAGAUCUGGGAAAAAAUUAAUGUGAUAUAAAAAUCGGUAUUUGCAUGUUCACUGAAAUGGGUUGUUGCUUCCAUUGAGGAAGCAGCAGUCAGGACUGUAAUGUGACUGAGCCAUUCUGUCUUCAAAGUAUAUGGGAGACUGAAAGGUGCCAUUGGUUCUGUCUCAGUUAGGUUAGAUGUUGAUAACUGGAUUAACCCCAAUAUCGUGAUAUGGAGUCUAUAGAAGCUGGAAUCUGGAACUUAAGUGCACAAAGCAAACUGACUAAGACUAAAAUACCACAAAAAACUCUGUGAGUCAAGCAGGAUCCGUGGAUUUGCUUUGUGCAUUUGAAAUGUUCAAUUUCACAAGGAACUCUGUUUAGAGUUAGCAGUGAAGCAUUUCCUUCAAUAUGGGCAUUUCUAUAUCUAAAGCAAUUUCUUAGUUAUAUAAAUCAGGCUGGAGAAAUAAAUCUGAACAAGUUAGUUUUCUUUACAAAAGUAUUAACCAAUCAGAUUACAGAAUGAGUUUCCAAGAGAAAAAUAGCAAAAUUCUAUUGAUUACCAGAGAUGCAGAUUGUAGGGAUGCUUGAAUCUCAGAUAAAUUCUGAAUUUCUGAGAUCAUGAAUAUGUGGUCACCACUGAUUUAAAAAUGUUUUGUUUUUGUUCCAGACUAGAAAUUAUUUUUCCAGGCUCGAAAUUAUUGUUGCUAACAAAACAAUGUCCAUUUUUUGUAAGGCAAUUGUCUCCUUAUUGGAGUCUAACAUAAUGAGAUUCCAUCAAACAGAAUAAAAUUCAUUGGUACCAAUUAUUUUGACCACUAUGAUUAUUAUGGCAGUUUCGUGAAAUUAAUUAUUUGUUAAUGUUACACACAUGUUUUUACCAUGUUUUGGGGACAAUUGUGUUUUGUUCCAUUUCCGUCUAAAAUCUGAACAAGUCCUUUUAGCAUUUAUUGGAGCAAGGGUAAACCCAGUUAUCAGGGGUGUUAAUAUGCAAACCAAGCAGGGCCAUAAAAACAGAUUUCCCUUUUUAAUUAUUAACCAAGUCAGAAUUUUAUUGUGUUUUUUGGCAAGAAUUUAAAUGAAGUGAUUUAAUAUAUGUGAUUCAGAGCUGAAGGGAGGGUGGGUGCAGUAAGUCUUUGUGCAGAUGUAACAUGUCUUUUGCAAACUACUUUUAUUUCUCUUGUGCAAGAAGAUAACAGAGUGGAGAUGUAUGAGUAAGCUUAGAGAUUUUGUGCACAAUUUAUUUUUGCAUUUUGAAAUGAGCCUGGGAGGAAGUGUAAAUAUAAAUCACCACUGUUCAAAGUGGUUGCUUCUAAAAAUUAUAUCUGUCUGAUUUCAAAUUAUGCCAGUUAGCACAAGCAAAUGUAUUGGAAUAAAAUGUGUUGGCUUUCAGUCUGUAAAUAUACGUCUGAUGUAAAAUGAAGAAAGUGUGUUUCAUUAGUGAACGGAGUAUUGGCAGGACAACUGUGUGUUAUUUCUGAUACAGACUCCAAAUGCAGAGUCUUCUAAUUGUGUUACCAGUGCUCAGUGACAGUCUCCAGCAAUAUUUUUUGUUAUCUUUUUGUUUGGAAAACUGGAACUUUGUUUAUGCCAGAUUGUAUGUCUAUAUUAAACUGAAGAAAGGCAAUCUGUUUGCCAUGGUAGCCCAUACAAUCAGAGGAGCAUACAGCAUCUUCACUGAGUGAGUUACGAAGCAAAGUUGAACCCAAACCUGAGAACAAAAGUGGAAUUGCCCUAAGUUUGGAAUUAUCCAGAAGUCCGGUUUCUUGCCUACCUUGCUCUAACUCUUGUCUUCAUGUCCAUACUCCAGUGUGAAACUACAUGUUUUUCCAGUGACAAAACUGUCAUUUGGAAGAGAGUUUAUAAGCUGUGGACUCCAAAAUUGGACUGCCCUGGACCUUGUAACCUAUUUAUCUCACCUGAACUCAACUCACACAAGGUUGGAUGAGGGAAUGAAGAGACAGUACAACUGCUGCACCCGAACUUUUAAACAGCUUUUGUGGACAUAAAGCUGGCUCCUUUUGAGAGCUUGAAUGAUCACUUCUUGAAAUUUCAAGUACAUGGGAGACAAUGAUUUAAUCUUUUCUUUGUGUAUUUUUCAAGGGGGAAAAAGGCUAAAUUUUAAGUCAGUUGUUAAUACUGUGCUUGGCUUGUUGUUUCUGUAGUAAAAAUGCAAAACCUGA